CCCUGGCGCUUUGUUUUUGUGCUCGUCGGGGGCUCGGGAGCUGUACCCUCAGCACAAGCUUCGAAGCGCACCGCAGGAGAGCCACGCGUUCUUUUCCGCACAGGUCGCUCCCGCAGCCGGUCCCGCGGCGGCGCUCUUGCCGCUCGGUCCUAGCGCGAGCGCAUCGGAUCGUAUCGCAUCGCAUCGGAGGGGCGCGAGAGGCCGGGGGAGCGCAGCGAGCGAGCGCCUACAAGGGACGCAAGAAGAGAGCGGCUCGAGUCCCAGCGUCCGAGCGGAAGGAGGACCCAUGGCACAGGGGGAGGGCAUUAGGGACGUGUGAAGCCACUUGACUUCACUUGCUUGGACCCAGAUGAUUGUCCUUCCCCAGGCACGGAUGGCAGAGUGCGCGCUGGGAUCGCAGCCCCCACGCCCGACGACUCCCAGGCGGAGACCCCCGCUGUGGAUGUAGGUGGUCCUCAGAGAGGAGAAGGAGGCCGACUUCUCAGCGGGCUUCUCCAUGAGUCACUCUCCAGCAGCCAUGUUCGCCAGGAGGCCGAGCGCUGGCGCGCAGACCGCCGGCAGGGGAGGAGAGGCGGUCUGUCAGCCGCAGGCUUCCCCCACACUGGGUGGACUGGGCACCGGGGGUCUCCGGACUGACCCGCCAUCCCCCGUCGUUGUCACUUUACCUCCGAUCAGGAACACUGCCUCGCUGACGCUUACUGGCAAUAAGCAUACAAUGAAUGACCACUUGCACAUUGGGAACCACCAGCAGAUCCAUGCUCAGCAGUUGUUUGAGGAAAAUGGCAACAAGCGGACAGUGCUGACAACACAGCCCAAUGGGUUGACACCGGUGAGUCGAGGAAGUCUCCCAGUGCCUGAUAGGCCCCAGGAGGGCACCCAGUUUCGUCAAAGCAGCUCUGCUUCCCUCAAGUCCUCUGACAGCAAGUGCAAACCCAUCUCUAUGACACCUGAACAGGCCAUGAAGCAGUACUUGUCCAAGCUCACAGCAUUUGAGCACCAUGAAAUAUUUAGCUACUCAGAGGUUUAUUUUAUUGGUCCAAAUGCCAAGAAGCGGCCAGGUGUGAUUGGGGGCUCCAACAAUGGAGGCUACGACGAUGAUCAGGGCUCCUAUAUUCACGUACCCCACGACCACAUUGCCUACCGUUACGAGGUACUCAAGGUAAUUGGAAAGGGCAGUUUUGGCCAGGUGGUGAAGGCCUAUGACCACAAGAUGCACCAACACAUAGCACUCAAAAUGGUGCGGAAUGAGAAGCGCUUUCACCGGCAAGCGGCGGAGGAGAUACGGAUCCUAGAGCACCUCCGCAAGCAGGAUAAGGAUGUGACCAUGAACGUUAUCCACAUGCUGGAGCACUUCACAUUCCGCAACCACAUCUGCAUGACUUUUGAGCUGCUCAGCAUGAACCUCUAUGAGCUCAUCAAGAAGAACAAGUUCCAGGGUUUUAGCCUUCCGCUAGUGCGCAAGUUUGCUCACUCCAUCCUCCAGUGUCUGGACUCUUUGCACAAGAACCGGAUCAUCCACUGUGACCUCAAACCUGAAAACAUACUGCUCAAACAGCAAGGCCGUAGUGGAAUAAAAGUUAUCGACUUUGGCUCCAGCUGCUAUGAGCACCAGAGGGUCUACACGUACAUCCAGUCCCGUUUCUACCGUGCACCAGAAGUCAUCCUGGGAUCACGCUACGGAAUGCCUAUUGACAUGUGGAGCUUGGGUUGCAUUCUGGCGGAAUUACUCACAGGAUACCCACUUCUUCCAGGUGAAGAUGAAGGGGACCAGCUUGCAUGCAUCAUUGAAUUGCUGGGCAUGCCAUCCCAAAAGUUGCUGGAUGCGUCCAAAAGAGCCAAAAACUUUGUCAGCUCUAAGGGUUAUCCCCGGUACUGCACAGUCACCACCCUGUCGGACAGUUCCGUUGUGCUGAACGGGGGCCGCUCCCGCCGGGGCAAGGUGAGGGGUCCCCCUGGAAGCAAGGACUGGGUGACAGCUCUUAAAGGCUGCGAUGACCCUCUCUUUCUGGACUUUCUUAAGCAGUGCCUGGAGUGGGAUUCCUCACUGCGUAUGACCCCCAGUCAGGCUCUGCGUCACCCAUGGCUCAGGAGACGGUUGCCAAAACCCCCUACAGGGGAGAAAACCUCCGUAAAGCGAAUCACAGAGGGCUCAGGUGCUAUUACAUCAAUUUCCAAAUUACCUCCGACUUCGGGAUCAGUCACCAAGUUAAGGACGAGUUUGACACAAAUGACUGAUGCUAAUGGGAAUAUACAACCACGAAUAGUGUUGCCAAAAUUGGUCAACUAAAUUCUGACAUCUCUCUCAUAAUUUAUUUUUAAUAGGACAUAUUUACAUCUCAGUGCAGUAGGAGAAGAAAAAUGCAUACCACUGCUGAGCAUUACUCAAAGUGUGACAAUUUUAGAGUUAGUAUUGGUUUUUCAUGCGUAAUCACUUCAUAAUUAUGAGUUUCUGUGCAAGUUUUGCUUCUUCUUUGACUAAAACAUGUAAAGGGAACAGUGCUUUUGGGUUCUUGAGGACUGUGUACAGUGUUGCAGGUUGCCAGCAUUAAUGCAGUCUGGCCAAAUAUAUUAUGAAGCCCAGCAGCUCUGUAAUGUAGACCUCGAGGAAGAAGAUGUGGCUGGCCACAAUAAAGUAGUGUUGACCUCUACUGUUGAAUGGGUCUUAGAAAGUUUGUCUUUUGAAAGUUGUGAGAUCUUUGUAGCUCUUGCAAAAAUGUGUACCUCUUUUCUAUUUAUGUUGCAAGAAGAAAACCUUUUUUGGGAGGAGAGGGUUAUUUCAAUGGUUAGAACAAGAAUGUACAAUAAAAGUGAUGAAAGAAUGCAGAGAAGAAAAAAGAAGGAAGCAGCAGACUAUGAGGAAGGGCAAAGGAGAAAAACAUGCAAAAAAAGUUUUUGUUUAAAAGUAUGUUUACAUGAUAGACUUGGUAUGUGCCUGAAAUUCUCUUGACAUUCCUUAAGAACAGGGAAGAUGGAUGUGCAAGUAAGGUACACUAUUCCUGUAGAACAUUUGAAGGGGAAGUCGAGUGCUAUCAAAAAUGUUGGGUUCGCGGAAACAGAAAUCUUCUCCAAAGUUACUCAGCUGAAAGAAAAUGAAACUAUACUCUUAGGAAGUGAACUGUUGUGCUACAUUACCUUGUUGUAAGGUAAUGUAAUUCCGAAGAGUCCAGAAACACCAUAGUCGUGAUUGCUCUCUUUAGUCAUUUUUCUGCUAAUGCACUAUUUACCCAGUUUUUGGUCCAAGAGUACAUCAGAGGGGGGUGCGGUGGCGCAG